AUGACAUUACCUUCACUCGACUUGAAACGCCGCUCGAUCCAACCGUGGCGCUCUCGCCCCUUCCAAGCGCGUCAAGCCCCUUCCGGCCAUCGAGACGUCCGACCGGCCAUGCGAGUAUGUCCGGAUGCCGAAACAAAGGAUCAUCCAGUUUUCGGCCGAAACUCUCUCAUUGAUUUCGCCAUAUUAGGUGACCGAGUGCCCCUUUGUGAUGGAUCCUCGAGGGGCCCACCGGCGCAUCUGAUCGCAGCCAUUCUCAUCGGCAUUGUCAGUCGAUUGGCCCAAUGCUUUGGACAAACUCCGGUGAUGGUGGUCUUGGAGACCACUUUGACCAUCCUGUUGGGACCGGGGAAGAGGAGGGAAACGGGAAGGGGGAAGGCGAGGGAAACAGGAACGGGUCUCGGCCGACUCAGGAUACUGGGGACAUCUCCACAAUCAGCACCCCAUCUGAAGAUUUUCAUCGAGAUGAUGCCGGGAGCAGGACUUCACCGCGCCUCGGCACUCCCCAUGGAUCCAAGGUCGGAAAGGUCUGGUCUGUUUCCCGAUGCAGUAUUCCUUGACCCGGGCCGUGGAGGUUAUUGUGACAUCCUUGGUUUGUGA